CAUCACGUCGGGUUAGUGUCAAAACUUCCGGAAAGACGCCACCCCGAUUAAACAGGGAAAUAAACACCACACAGCGGAUUUGGCUUUUGAGGGGUUAUACACCGGUAGCUAACAGCUGAUUUAACCACCUAGCUAAGCUAAGCUAGUGUUGGCUUCAGUUGCGAACAUGAUGGCGUCCGGCUACAACGCAAAGGAGGAAGAUGGCCAUCAUCCCGGGGCUUCGGGGGCGACUGGGAACGCCGUCCGGAGUAAAAAACCGGAUAACACGGCUUUCAAGCAGCAGCGUUUACCGGCGUGGCAGCCUAUCCUCACGGCUGGCACGGUGUUACCGGCGUUCUUCGUUAUCGGCCUGAUCUUUAUUCCCAUCGGUAUCGGGCUGUACGUGACGUCCAACAACAUCAAGGAGUUUGAGAUUGAUUACACAGGGGUAGACCCCUCAAGUCCAUGCUACAACUGUUCGCAGAGCAGCUGGAACAGCACAUCACCUUGUAAAUGUUCGCUGCCCUUCUCUCUUGAGCAGCCCUUUGAGAGCAACGUAUUUAUGUACUAUGGACUUUCGAACUUUUACCAAAACCAUCGUCGCUAUGUGAAAUCCAGAGAUGACAGCCAGCUAAAUGGGGACACCUCAUCUCUAAAGGAACCGAGUAAAGAAUGUGAGCCGUACCGCUUGAUUGGAACCACCCCUAUUGCCCCUUGUGGUGCCAUUGCUAACAGCAUGUUUAACGACACACUUGACUUGAUUUAUCUCGAUCCCAAUGGAACCAGGAUCACAAUUCCGUUGGUAAAGAAGGGCAUCGCCUGGUGGACGGAUAAGCACGUGAAGUUCAGGAACCCUAUUAGUGGUAGUAGUAACCUCUCCACUGUUUUUCAAGGAACUGCGAAACCUGUCAACUGGCGUAAGCCUGUCUUUGAACUUGACUCAGAACCGGAAAACAAUGGCUUUAUUAAUGAAGACUUCAUCGUAUGGAUGCGAACGGCUGCCCUGCCGACAUUUAGGAAACUCUAUCGCAUCAUUCAGAAGAAGGACAGCAAGACCCAUACCCUCCCAAGAGGAAACUACACUCUGGAAGUUACUUACAAUUAUCCCGUGCGUAGCUUCGACGGCCGAAAGCGCAUGAUCCUCAGCACCAUCUCGUGGAUGGGAGGGAAGAACCCGUUCCUGGGCAUCGCCUACAUCACCGUGGGCUCCGUCUGCUUCUUCCUUGGAGUCGUCCUGCUCUUCAUCCACCACAAAUAUGGAAACCGCAACAACAGCUCUGACAUUCCCAACUAACUUUGUGUGAUCUGCUGCAUGCCAUAUGCAUGAUGAAGACCAACCGCUUGUCAUCUGAGCUUGUCUCUGUAUGCGUUUCCUGUGUGUUUGUGUGUGUGUAUAUAUAUGCAGUAUAUAUAUAUAUGAGUAUCGUGCUUGGAGUGUAGCACUGCAGAGAAUUAAGUUUGAAUUAUAUUACUGUAUUUAUUUUCAAAGAGGUUAAUAAUGUUCUGUAUUAAGUCACGAUUUUAUUUUUAGGAAGUAUUUUUACAUUUUAGCAGGCUUCUAUAAUCUUAAGUGUAUAUAUUUGAACAGGCUGUGAUGAUUGUGAUUACUACGCAAGAAAAACAUUGACUUGACUAAACAGAGUGAAUGUAUAUAAGCUGUAACUGUCAAAGCUUGCUUAAGUGUUUCUGCAUAAACAGAUUGAUAUAGAAGACGUCAUCCACUAGGUCAGCAUCUUUAACAUGAGCCUUAUAGCUUCAGUGAAUGCAUUGACUUGGCUGAUUAACUCAAGUUGAAUUAAUAGCAAGCACUGAAGUUUAUACAGUGUAACGUUCCUUUUCAUCAAGUAAUGAUGGACCAAAACUAAUACCUUAUAUGGUCUAGAGCGCUCCUAGAUAUCUUAGUAUCUAGUUGUGUGUAUUAUUUAAAUGCACUCUUUUGUGUGUCUCAGUGUUUAUUUUUUUAAGUGGUGCUUUGGUUUAGUUUUGGUUAAGAUUUAUAUGAGCAUUACAGGUUUUUAUGUUCUUGACAUGUCCAUCUUUUUGCACUUGGCACAGCUUUUUGUUGUUCAUUUUGGUCACUUUUAUGGUUGUGUGUGUCUUCGGUUCCGGAAAAUAAACUUGGACAGA